AUGUCUGACACUUCAGCAUCACCCAGGCGCUUAAACGCCCGUAGCGUCCAAAACGCCCAUAUCGCCCACCUGCAAUAUCCAACUCUGCCACCCUUGACGGCUUCUGUUGAGGAGUGGUUAUCUCGAUCACGGCCUGCAGACAACAUGACUUCAGAUAAUAUUACCGACUCGCAACCCAAAUCCUUGAGUGAUAGCUGGGCUGAGUUGAGCGUCUCGGACUUCCAUUCAGAAGAUGGAAGUCGCUCUGAACCGACCGAUGCGGGGUCCAUUAUUGACCAAGCCACCCCCGAUGAUGUGGCCAGCCUCGAUGGCCGAUCCACCAGUAGCGAAGUCGAUGGAAUAGAAGUGGAGGAAGACCAAGGACAAGAUGGCGAGAACCAGGAAAAUAAUGAGAGUGAGGAUGACGAGAGCGAGAGCGAGCAAGAUGACGGGCAUGACAAUGACCAAGAUGAUAACCAAAGCUUGGCCGAGUCUCAUCGUUUUGCUUUGCACUACCACAAAACUCCUUCUGGAUCUGGCAUCGAAGACAGCAACCUUACUACACGAACAGCUUUCCGUCAGUCGGUCGAUUCCAUCGAGUUCGUCGAGCCGGACAAAUGGCCGGAGAUGGAGCGAGUUGAGCUCAAGCAUACCAUUCGUAUCUUCCAGGAUGCAGAACUCGCAGACAUGAAGGUCCCGCAGUCAUUUGACUCGGCCCAUUCAAUCCUCACGGCUACUGUCCAGCAAACGAUGGCAAAGACUGGCAUGGAAUUGGAUAAGCCCUUCCGGGUGCUGUAUAUCGGCCGACCAGAGUUUCGGAAUAUCAUCCUGGACAAGAUAGGUGAUGUUUUGGUGUCCAACUCAUCCGCCGGGUCUCCGACAAGCUCUGCAGAAUCUUCACGCUAUCAUGUCGUGCCCACCUCAUUUGGAGCUGGUGCUGUGCCAAAUUUCGCGGAGCUUCUCCCAAUUCACGUUCAACUAGUGGUGGACGAAUGUGUGGUGGCUACUGCAAAAUCCACAGACCAGCAUAGUCCAGUGUCGUUGACAUUCAAGAACCGCCCAUCUUGCAGGUCCUGGUGGGAUGGAGAAAAUUAUCGUGUCUCCUCCGUUACCGAUUGGACUCUGCCUGAUAUGGCGAUUAUCUUCGUUUCUAACAACGAUGACGUCGCUGCCAUACAAACCCAGCGCCUCACCCAUAAUUUCUUGGAUCGACAUGGAAUCCCAGCAAUGGUGAUAUCAGAGGAACCGCUUUGGAAUAACAAACCUCGAAAUAUCCCCCUUAAUCAUAACAGCCUUCACAUGUGCUUGGAGUCUCGCCACCACCAAACUGGAGAGAUCUCAGUUCUUCAACGUUACCCAAUAGAUCUGAAAACAUUCGAGAGCAUCGCCCCCGAUCAACUUAAUCGUAACUUGGCUUCGCUCAUGGGUCUUUAUCCCAAGAAGGCUGUCAAGAUCACCACGGAUUCUCCAAAGUCACUUGACUCUUGGACAUUCGCCGACCUCGAGAAGUAUUCACGCAGCUGGAUUCUUCCAUACGUUUCCUGCGCCCCCAAAUGGGGUAAUUUGUUAAGCCUGUUGACACUGACCCUCAUUUCAGCCAUUGCACUCUCCAUCGGAUACACAGCUUUCAACUAUGUAGCUAUCUUUCUCUCGCAGUUCUUGGCCGAAUCCGCCUUGUCACGCGCCAUUUCUCCAACAACCACCCCAAUUUUUUCGACUAGCGCUCUAAAUGUGGAUUAUGAAAGACAAUCCUCCCUCAUCCUGCGACCCUCGGGCCAUCUCCAAGAUCUAAAAGACUUGUCCUCCGACUGCCUCAAUGAUCGGUUCGCUGGGCUUGACCUUGAACUCUCCAAAACACCAGAUAGUUUUGAAAUUAAAACUCUCGGGGACUGCCACGUGAUUAUCAGGACACCGCGCAAUCUUGCAUCUUCUCGCAAGCAACCACCUUUCAAUGUGAGCGUUUAUCGUGGGGAGAGAAUGCUAGACUACCAGUUGUCAUGGCUUUUAGAUGGCGUUUACACCCUUGUACUGGCCCGUGAGGAUGCUUGGGGAUUGGUCAACUUGACGAUCACUGCGAAAUCCAAGUCUAUGAGCCCUCAAACCACAGUACUUGACUUUGGAAUCCCAUGGCUCAAGGCUGCAAAUUGGAGACGAGCAGCGCUGUUGAUCUCUUCCCAAAUCACACAUGAUUUGCAAGAUGCCCACACCGGCCUGACUGAAGUUUACGGCCGACUCACCACGGAUCUACAAGUGAUCAUGGGGGAUGUGGUCAAGGCAUAUCAUGAUCUCCGUUUUCGACAGGAGACUCAAGAGCCAAGCAUAUUGGCCCAGUCGAAGCAGCUGAGUGAGGCGAUCACCCACAAUGCCAUCCAACAGGUCCGCAGUGCGGUCUUCGUUCUGCACAAGCGCUCUGUCAAGGUCAAUGAAGAGGCUAGGGAACUAAUUAGCUAUACCUGGCAUCGUCUCAGCAAAUCGGCAAAGAUCGAUCCCCACUCCGUAAUGGAUCGAGUUCAUGAGGUAAAAAGGGCCACGCUAGGUCGGGCUCAGACUCGCGCACGAUACAUUGUGGGGCGGGGCUAA